GGUUCAGGAUGAGUCUCCUGCUGCCCAAGCUUGCAUCCAAAAAAGGCCAGGCAAUAAAAAGUACUGCAGAAAAGGUUUUGGUUCUCAGAUUUGGAAGAGAUGAGGAUCCUGUCCAACUGCAGAUAGAUGACAUCCUUUCUAAGACUUAUCAUGACUUAAGUAAAAUAGCUAUGAUAUAUCUGGUGGAUAUGGACCAAACACCAAUUUACGCCCAGUAUUUUGACGUUAGUUAUAUUCCAUCUACUGUCUUUUUCUUCAAUGGACAGCAUAUGAAAGUGGAUUAUGGGUCUCCAGAUCACACUAAGUUUGUGGGAAGUUUCAAAACUAAACAGGACUUCAUAAACUUGGUUGAAGUAAUCUAUCGAGGAGCAAUUCAAGGAAAACUUAUCAUCCAAAGUCCAACUGAUCCCAAGAACAUUCCUAAAUAUGACCUUCUUUAUCAAGGCAUUUAA